AUGAAGACAACUGAAACCAGGUCAUCUUUCUUGGAUCAAUACAUCUCAGAAAAGACUAAAAAGAUGCCGUAUGUCGACCUACACACACGUGGAAAUGUACGAAUUGUACUGAAUGAGUUUGUGGUGGAAUAUUUGGCGCAUUUGGGCUACAAACAAGGACUCUUUUACGACAACAUUAAGAUUGUAAUUGGAGCAUUAUCUGCUGUGUUUGGAGCAGUAAUAUGCUACCUAUCAAUGACAUAUAGGUGGGAUGCAAUUGAACUCUAUGUCUCUGCAAUGGUACUGGGAUAUUAUGUCAUUAAUGUGCUUUAUUUUGGAAUUGACUACCUGGAUAACAAAUGCAUGAAAUUCUAUUCAAAAGGCAAAAUGAUUGAAAUUAAGACUGAACUGAAUGUACAUGGAAUAUACAGUCUAAGAUACAGGAACAAGGAGCACAAGGCAUUGAUAUGUGAUCUGAUCUAUGAAACGGGCCAAUUGGACGUAGUUGAGACAGUCAAGUGGCUCAAUGGAAUAUUUAAGUAG